GCGACUCACAUUUCAACAGUUUUGUGUCUCCUCCGAAGGGUGCCGAUGGUCUUUGUUGUGAACAUGUGAGGCACGCACACAAAAAGUUACUGAUGACCGAUGGCGACGAUUCCCACGGCGCGGUUCCUGGUCUGCGCUGCCUUGCUGAUGCGGCUGGCGCAACUCGCCGCAGGUGAGACCUCAGCUUGCGUGAUCUGGUCCAGCGCCGGGGCGGUGGUCCGCCGAGGUUCCAGGUUGGACGUGUACUGCGCCUUUCACCGCGAGUGCGACCGCGCCAUGUUCAGCGAGCACCCGCCGGCCCUGCAGCGCCACACGGUGGUCAACUCCACCACCACUUACAUCCGCGUGGAGAACAUCACCAAGCAACGGACCUUCAGCUGCCUGUGCCACGGCAUGGACCUGGACCCUUGCGGAUUUGACAUCUGGGCCGGUUACCCGCCGGAGAGGCCGCGGGACAUCCGGUGCAAGCACGAGGUGCUGACCAACCAGACCGGUGAGGUGAUUUGUUCCUGGGAUAGAGGCCGCAAAACACACCUGAGAGACACUUCAGAGUUAGUCUGGGUGUCGACGAGCGUAUCGGGAGAUCCCACGGAGUUGUGGCCACCAAUCAAAAUCUUAAUCGGAGCAUCCGAUCCCCCAUCGGCCAGAUUUUCUGUUCGCCAAGGAGUCCAAUUCAUCUCAGUCCGGAUCAGCACCCACAAUGCACUGGGGUCGGCCGUGUCGCUUCCCGCCAACUACACCCUCAGCAACAUCGCGAUUCCCGCGGCUCCGGUUCUCGCUGUGCCUCGGUGCUCCUCCAGGGGAUGCGCCCUCGGGGUUCAGUCGCCCCAAAAAACGCAAUACCUGGAGAUUCAGUACGCUACGGAAGCAGGGAUGUGGACCACCUAUCCAAAUUUGAGCGUGCCCGUGGAUUCGGAUCGUUUGCUGUCCAUCAGGUCUCUGGAGCCCUACCGGUUGUACCGUUUCAGAGCUCGAGCCAAAUUCAGCUCGGGACUGUGGAGCAACUGGAGCAACGUCGCCUCCAGUUGGACUCAGGAGGAAGCACCUGCCAAAGAGCUGGAUGUGUGGUACACUCAACCUCCCUUCGACUUCAAGUCCAUCAGACUCUUUUGGAAGCCGAUGACCGCCGCUCACGCCAGGGGUAAGAUCCUGGCAUACUUGGUGGCGGUACACGGCUCCCAGUCUGUGUCCACGUCCAAUCUCAGUGCAAACGCCACCGGCGCUUCCGUUGCGUUUUGCGCCGGGUGUUAUGUGACGGUGAGCGCCCUCAAUGCCAAAGGGACGUCUCCACCGGCCAAAAUCGUCGCCUAUCGUACCAAAGCAUCGGCCCAUUUGGACGUUACGGUGAAGGCACAUGUGCACGGCGUUGCCCUCUUGUGGAGACAAGCGGAAAGGCCGGUGUCCCACGUGGUAGAGUGGUACCCCGAGGGGCUCAAGCUGCAGGAGCUGCACUGGCUCAAACUGUCCGGGGAAGAAAGUCGCGCCGUCAUCACGGGUUUGAAUGCGUCUGAGUGCUACGAAGGAGCCGUUUAUGUUCUCUACAGCGACGGCUCUAUGACCACCAGCACCUUUAAGCUUCUCAACACCAGCCGAUCAGUACCCAAAGCCGGUCCAUCGUUUCAACAGGAAGUGGAUGCCAGUCGUGUGACUUUGACGUGGGCGGAGCUUCCCAGGGCUCAGCGUGGCGGGUGCAUCACGGAGUACACCAUCUAUCUGGAAGAUGCUAAUGGGAGUGUGCAGCAAUACUCGGUUCAAGCGACCAGGCGGAGAUUUGUGUUGGAGGACCUUCCUCCGGGUGCCCACAGCCUGUGGAUGACUGCUUGGACUUCUCAGGGAGAAAGUCCAGCUACUCGAAAAGUUAAGAUCAUAAUCCAAGCUGUAGAAGGGAUCCCGGUGUUCCUCCUGGUCUUGUGCCCGCUGUUGUCCGUGGGAGCGUCGCUGUUGCUGUGCCUGUGUCAAAUUGCAGCCGUGAAGAAGAGGGUAUGGCUGCUUUUCCAGUGCUUCAUGUUCCAAGUGGUGCCGGAUCCGGCAAACAGCAAAUGGGCAAAAGAAAUCACUCAGGACAAGGGUAAAAUGAAGUUGCCUUCCCGGCAGAGUGAGUCCGUUCUGAUCGAGGAGGAGCCUGACAUCAUCAUCAUCAUCACUGAUGAAGAGAAGCUGUCGAAUCACAACAAAGAGGGGGCAGCCUCCCCCCCGACCAGCCCUCCUUCCGCAUCUCGGCGGCCCCUCACCACGUACAUCAAGAGCGUUUCCAUUGAGUCAGACGGCCCGGAGCAGACCCGGACCUUGCUCGACUCCAAAAUGAAAACUGUAGACUACAUCUCAGCCGGAUGCCAAGACGGAUGCCUGGUCGAGGAGGAGGUAGAUGGAGAUGAUGAGGAGGGGGACGAGUUUGGACACAUCCUGAUGCCGCUGCCCGCUUGCACCUUGUUCAAUGAGCACAUGGAGCCUCAGAUUAUUGGGAAAUUGACGCUGGAUGCCGUCCGGAUCGACUGCAGCAGCCUCUUUGAAAACUCUUGAACACAUACACUACUAGGGGUGGAACCCACAAGCCGACGAGUCGUGUCGACAUUUAAAACUUCAAGUCCAUUACGCACUACUAUGUGUUUUUUUUUUUUUUUUUUGCACCUCACCUUCCACUGGGUCCGCCACCAGACUAGAACUCCCCUUUGGAGCAGUGAAAAUGUCCAGCAAUCUAAGUGACAGUCUUCUUAGGGGAGUCAGAAAAUAAGGCAGUUUGUGGAUGUGAAACAGUGUUUAACCUCAUUAGCGUCAGCUAUUUUGAUUACUGCGAGCCGUGAAAGACGUCGUCUACGUUUUUGUGCAUGACUUUUUGAGACUUGGGUCUGCUACUCAAGACAGACCAAAUUUCUUGUUGCUAAAUUAAACUGGCUGCGGGAGCUGAA